UACGCCCCCGCCUUUGCUAGACCACCGGCACUGCUCUCGCACCUCAGCACCGACAUGAAGGCGAGCUUUAGGGAAGCAUACCUCAAAGAGCCGUACUGGAGGAGAAGAUAUGAGGAGGCCGACACGGUCACAGCGGGGUGGACACCGGGUCGACGCUACUACCGCUCAGAGGACGAUCUCCUGUUCUUCCUCGACGCCGACUACCUCCCUCGUCUAUGCGUCCCGGACAAGCUGGUAGGAGACAUCCUGAUAAGCGCGCAUGAAGAACCCAUGGAGGGAGGACAUACCGGC